AGCAGAAAAACAGGAAAAUGAAUGAAUGCGUUCGCGCCAUCGUGAAGUACGGAAACAGGCGAAUAUUUCACCAAAGAAUUUUUUGACUUUCGUGAAAUGUAAGUUAUAUGUAUUUCACCCUAGAACAACAGACCACGACAUUAAUGUUAUAGUGGAACUUUUCCCGAAAAAUAAAAAUACCCAGUGAAGUCAAAACAAAUAUGGCGGACCCUGUGGCCAAUGUUAUUGAUAUGAAUGGAACGCAUGUCCUGGAAAAUGGAACCAUUAUAUCCACCCAGGACAUCGACGGAUCCGUUGUGACCGGAGUUGAGGUAACAGAUGAGGAUAUAAUCCAACAAGCUUUGGACGAAGCGACGGGGACAUUCGUCCAAAGUGGCAUGGGGUACGCUAGUGGGACGGAUCCUGAGGCGCGUGUUGAGGAAGAACUCAUUGCUAGCGUGGUUACUUCAGAGGCGUUCGUUACAGCUGAUGAGAUAAAUGGUGACAGGGACCAGCUGGUGACAGAUGAUGCGUCCAACACUGCAUUUGAUGGGACAACAAACGACAGUAUUAACGAUCAACUUGUGAAUGCUUUCAGUGAAAGUGUGGCCCAAAGUGAGGACAGCUACUCCAACACUGAAUAUGCAAUUGUAAAAAAUGAAGCUGAUUUUGCUACAGCAACAAUGACAGCUGUCACUCUUCCAAAUCAGGGCUUGACAACUGGGGACACAAACGUUUCCAGUGACUCCAUGUCAAGCACUGUUCAAAAUAAUGUUUUGAAACUUGACUCUGCUUCAGGUAGAAUAAGUGUUACACUGAUGCCAUCAAAUCAAGCUAGUGGAGCUCCACUAGGAUCUAGUCAAAAUCCAAUUCGCAUCAUUCAGCAAGGGAAUCAGUACACACCCAUGCAGAAUCUGUCCACUGAGCAACUGCAACAAAUAAUGCAGGUUGUUCAACAGCAACAGGUUACAAAAACAUCAUCUGAAGAAGGUUCAAGUAUUCUGUUUAAUCCUCAGACAAAUACGAGGAUAGUUUACAGGGUCAUUUACCCUUCAGAACUCCAUAAAAAUGCUCAAUCUUCUACUCUCAGUCUAAAGACAGUUGGAGCAAGGAAACAUUCACAAGGGCAGCAAACACAAACUCUGAUUCUAGGGAAAGACGGCCAGAGAAGGCCGUACAGGAAAAGAACAAUAGAGGAUGAGGAAGAUCGCCUUGAUGGACCAGAUCUGUCUCGAGAGGAAAAAGAAGAGCGAAAGAAACAUCGCCCGCGUACACGAUCAGGAAGGAUUUCAAAACCUCCAAAACACAUGGUGAAGGACUACAAACACAUUCAUGUGUUAGACUUUGAGGAGGAAGAGGCAGCUGAUGACUCGGAUGGAGGUUACUCUGACUAUAAAUACAGUGAGGGGGAGGAAGAAGAGGAUGACCAUGUGAUACUAGACGACCAAGACGAGAACAGCCUUGACAUGGGUUUGCCUGCAUCAGGAAAACCGAAGAAGUUUCAGUGCUCUGUUUGCAAUAAAGCAUACAUAGGACAGGGAAGCCUAGAACGGCAUUAUAGACUGAACCCUGACCAUGCCCCAGAUGGUCAGCAGAUGACAACACAAGGAAGCUAUUUUGGGAGUGUAUCUCAUAAUGGAUUUUCUAAUGCUGGCAACAUGUCUGAGGAUAGCAAUACACAGGACUCUACCUCUAGCACCCCACCCCGGCCCCCUUCCACCAGGGGAUAUUUCCAGAGGCGGGGAGGAAGCAGGGGAAGGCCUCCUGGGCCAAACUCCGCCAUCAGACGCAGAUCUAAACUUAAAGAGUUGAUAUCCAGCUGUUCUGAUGAGGAUCUGAUUGACCUAGUUUUACCUCGUAUUGCUAAAGUUUUCACCCUCUGGGACUUCCUCCUCCUUAAGGUACAGAAAGGUGUACCAAGAAGACCUCACGCUGACAUCAUUUAUAAUGAGUUCAAAACACUCGCCAAAGAAGUGAAGGAGGUCUGUAAAACUUUUCUACAGCCUUGCACAGAGAAGAGCCAGAACACUUUGAAGCUUGAGGAUGAGAAACUGGCAGGGGCUGUAGGUCUUGAUGUAGGUGUGUAUGAGAUUAAAGAAAUGCCUGCAAUCCAGGAAUCAGUGACAUUCCCUGAUAAUGCUGCUAUGACAGUCAACUCGGUGAACACUCCUGUGAAACGCAAUCUUAGCACAGUGAUAAAAGAAGAAAUUUCUUCUCCUGCAAAGAAAUUUAAACCAACAAUGUCUGCAGCAAUUACUUCCUCUUCAUCAUCGUCGUCAUUAUCAUCGCAAAAUUCUUCAAACAGCAACACCUUCCCCAUUGUUAAUCCAAGUUCAACCACAAUAACCAAUAAAAAGAUAACCAUCUCCACCAGUGAUGCUGCAAUAAGUAGCCUAGGAAGAUCUUCCACCCAACCCCCCAUAGUCAUCCAUCCAAUUUCUCCUUCCACAAUGAGCAAGGCAGUGGCCAAAGUCAAAUCUCAAGGCACUGCUGCCUUAUCCUCUACACUAAACUCUCAGAAACUUCUUAUUUCUCAGUCCCAACCGUCCGCUCCUAUUAUUGUGCAGUCAGUACCUGCUCGAAGUAGAAAUCAACCAACCAUUGCAAGUGGAUCACCAGUUGUGGUGCAGAAUGUGCCACAGCCCAUUUUCUCAGGAGGAGUUAGCCUUCUGAACAAAGUGAACAAAGCCCCUAUAAUCUCUCCAGCAGGAGAGACCAAAAUUGUAAGGAUUGUGUCCCCAGAGGGGCUUGUCAUCAGUGAAGCACCAAUUAGUAAAACUUCAACGGAAACUCCUCAUCAGGACAGUGAAAGCACCAAAAAUAAUGUUACUUCCACUCCUUCUGUUGUCAUACAAGACAACAGCAUUGUGGAAAAUUUGACUGUCAUCCCAUCAGAAUCUGUGACUUUGCAAACCACUGACAAUUCUGUGUCAACACUGCCAACUACCAGUGCUGACAUUCAAAUAACCAACAAUGAUGAAGAAAGUUUUGUAACAACAGACUUCAUUGGUUCAACACCUGAUGGAUCAGAAAAUUUGAUGACAGCGGAAGUUGUUAGUGAAAAUGGAAGUGCGCAGGUUGUGGACGAAACUUCACACGUUAUGGCGGAAGUGGAAUCAAGCAUGAAUGAUGGAUUACAGAAUCAGGAAGAAUUGACUCAGUUAGUGGAUGAAUCCACACUGGAGGAGGCAGGAUUUCAAACCAAUCAAAUAAUAACAGCAUCUAAUAUUUAUCAAACUCCUGACGGGUUCAUCAUUAUACAGAAUGAAGAUGGCAGCACUGUGCAGCUUCAAGGUGGGGAUGGGGAACCAAUUCCCCUGGAAACUGUGCAGGCCCUCCUGGCGAUGGAUACUGAUGGUCAAACUAUUCUACAGACAACUGAAUCAGAACUUAUCCCGGAAUAGUCUCAUCUCAGGAAUGACGUGUUCAGAAACCAUAACUAAUUAUAAGACAGUGUUUUUAGUGAACUUACGGAAUUUCAAUUUAGAGGUUUUGUUAUGAUUGCAUAAAAAGAAUCUUUUGUGUGUAAAGUUUAAUCAGUUAUUGUAAAAAAAAAUUGUGUGUGUAAAGUUUGAUCAGUAAUUGUUGUUGGAUGUUUUAUUAACACACAUAUAGUGGUUCUAAAUUAAAACCAGUGUUUUUUUUAAGGUAAAAAUGUUAGAUAUGUAUAUGUAGAUACAGUUGACCUUAAGUAUCUUGUAAACCAAUUUGUGGAUUACCAGUAUAUGCAGAGGUCAACAGAAAGCCGGCCUUUGUUAUGAAUUUGACUCUUAACCUAAAUAUCUAGACCUCACAAAUGUUUUGAAGCUUUUUAUCAAUCAACCAAGGUACUGAGGUUUGAUUGCAAUGUAUAAUGGGUAAUUUCUGCACUUUGAAAUUUAUGUACCGGUAAUUUUAUUCUUCAGUAGUGUUUUGAUUUUUAUACCUUUAAUUUCUAUGAUUCCAAUCAAUUAGCUUUAAUGAAGCACCAGAAUUAAGAUAUUUUGCCUUUUCACUUCA